AGCUGGUACAAAGUGUAGGCCCGCUGCGGAGCGCUUGGGAUCGACUAGUGCAGCGGUGUCCCGGAGGAGGCUCUCACAGACACCCGCUGACCCGCACACACCCGCGUGCAUGCACUCACUAGCCUACCCACGCACUCGCUGCCCCUCAUUCUCGCGGAGCGUGUCCGUCCGCCGCGUUCCGGCCAAGAGGGUUUUGCAAACGCCCCGAGUUGCGCAACAGCCGGAUUGCUGGAGAGAGCUGGGCCCGCGCCCUCCCCGCGCCCUGCGGCCGGGCCGACGGCUACCGAAGUCUCACUGUUGCUAGGCCCUACUUUUCCGACCCGGAGUGGCCUGGGAACGAAGGUGGGCGGGACAUCGGGGUGCCCGGGCUGGAGAUAGCAGUGCCUGCGGCCUCAAGGAGGAGAAUUUGGCGACGCUCCCUAGCGGUGACAGCGGGCGGCGAGCGCGGGCCGCGGACUUUAGCGACGCUCCCCGGCAGUGACAGGCGGGGCGGGGCAGCUGCGCGGCGGCCUCAUUCCGGGGCGGGCGGGCGCGGAGCGCAGCGCGGGCGGGCGGUCGGACAAGCGGGCCGGGCCGGCCGAGGAUGCCGCUCGGGGCGCCGCGGUCCUCGUGCCAGUGAGCGCCGCGCGCCGCCGCAGCCAUGACGGUGGAGUUCGAGGAGUGCAUCAAAGACUCGCCGCGUUUCAGGGCGACCAUCGAUGAGGUAGAGACAGAUGUCGUGGAGAUAGAAGCCAAACUGGACAAGCUGGUCAAGCUGUGCAGCGGCAUGAUCGAGGCUGGCAAGGUCUACGUCACAACCAACAGGCUCUUCGUAAGCGGUGUCCGAGACCUGUCUCAGCAAUGCCAGGGUGACCCUGUCAUCUCGGAAUGUCUGCAGAGGUUUGGAGACAGCCUGCAGGAGAUGGUCAACUACCACAUGAUCCUGUUUGACCAGGCCCAGAGGUCCGUGCGCCAGCAGCUCCACAACUUUGUCAAAGAGGACGUGCGGAAGUUCAAGGAGACCAAGAAGCAGUUUGACAAAGUGCGGGAGGACUUGGAGCUGGCCCUGGUGAGGAACGCCCAGGCCCCGCGGCACCGGCCUCACGAGGUGGAGGAGGCCACAGGUGCCCUGACUCUGACCCGCAAGUGCUUUCGCCACCUGGCGCUGGACUACGUGCUCCAGAUCAACGUCCUCCAGGCCAAGAAGAAGUUUGAGAUCUUGGAUUCUAUGCUGUCCUUCAUGCACGCCCAGUACAGCUUCUUCCAGCAAGGCUACAGCCUGCUGCACCAGCUGGACCCCUAUAUGAAGAAGCUGGCGGCGGAGCUGGACCAGCUGGUGAUCGACUCAGCAGUGGAGAAGCGGGAGAUGGAGCACAGACAUGCUGCCAUCCAGCAGCGGACGCUGCUGCAGGACUUCUCCUAUGAUGAGCCCAAAGCAGAGUUUGACGUGGACGCGCCCAGCGGUGUGGUGAUGGAGGGCUACCUUUUCAAGAGGGCCAGCAACGCCUUCAAGACAUGGAACCGGCGCUGGUUCUCCAUCCAGAAUAGCCAGCUGGUCUACCAGAAGAAGCUGAAGGAUGUGCUGACCGUGGUGGUGGAUGACCUCCGCCUGUGCUCCGUGAAGCCAUGUGAAGACACUGAGCGGAGGUUCUGCUUUGAGGUCGUGUCACCCACCAAGAGCUGCAUGCUGCAGGCUGACUCAGAGAAGCUGCGGCAGGCCUGGGUUCAAGCUGUGCAAGCCAGCAUCGCCUCUGCCUACCGGGAGAGCCCGGACAGCUGCUACAGCGAGAGGCUGGACCGCACAGCGUCCCCGUCCACCAGCAGCAUUGACUCCACCACGGACUCCCGGGAGCGUGGUGCCAAGGGCGAGAGUGUGCUGCAGCGCAUGCAGAGUGUGGCUGGCAAUGGCCAAUGUGGCGACUGUGGCCAGCCGGACCCCCGCUGGGCCAGCAUCAACCUGGGCGUGCUGCUCUGCAUCGAGUGCUCGGGCAUCCACAGGAGCCUGGGUGUCCACUGCUCCAAGGUGCGGUCCCUGACUUUGGACUCAUGGGAGCCAGAGCUGCUGAAGCUGAUGUGUGAGCUUGGGAACAGCACCGUGAACCAGAUUUAUGAGGCCCAGUGUGAGGGGCCAAGCUGCAAGAAGCCCUCGGCCAGCAGCCCCAGGCAGGACAAGGAGGCCUGGAUCAAGGACAAGUACGUGGAAAAGAAGUUCCUGCAGAAGUCUCCCUCUGCACCGGCCCGGGAGGCCCCGCGGCGCUGGCGGGCGCAAAAGUGCCAGCGCCACCACAGCUCCCCCCGCGCCCCUAACGCCCGCCGCAAGGUCCGGAUGGAGCCUGUCCUGCCCUCUGUGGCUGCUCUGUGCUCAGGCGCAGUGGAGCGUAGGUUCCGCAGGGAUUCCCUCUUCUGCCCCGACGAGCUGGACUCCCUCUUCUCCUAUUUUGACGCAGGGGCUGCUGCGGCGGGUCCACGCAACCCCGCAGGUCUGAGCAGCGACAGUGGCUUAGGGGGCAGCUCCGACGGCAGCUCGGACAUCCUGGCCUUCGGCGCGGGCUCCGUGGUGGACAGUGUCACUGAGGAGGAGGGCGCAGAGUCGGAGGAGUCCAGCGGUGAGGCGGACAGAGAGGCAGAGGCCUGGGGUCUGGCGGACGUACGUGAGCUGCACCCAGGGCUACUGGCGCACCGUGCUGCGCGCACCCGUGACCUCCCCGCGCUGGCCGCGGCGCUGGCCCACGGGGCCGAGGUCAACUGGGCGGACGCGGAGGACGAGGGCAAGACGCCGUUGGUGCAGGCGGUGCUAGGGGGCUCCUUGAUCCUCUGUGAAUUCCUCCUGCAAAACGGAGCGGACGUGAACCAAAGAGACAGCCGGGGUCGCUCGCCCCUGCACCACGCCACGCUCCUGGGCCGCACGGGGCAGGUCUGCCUGUUCUUGAAGCGGGGUGCCGACCAGCACGCUUUGGACAACGAGCAUCAGGAUCCACUGAGCAUUGCAAUCCAGGAGGCGAACGCCGACAUUGUCACGCUGCUGCGUCUGGCGCGCAUGGCGGAAGAGAUGCGUGAGGCAGAGGCGCCCCCGGGCCAGCCGGGCCCCCUGGCGGGCAGCAGCCCCACAGAGCUCCAGUACCGCAGGUGCAUCCAGGAGUUCAUCAGCCUCCACCUGGAGGAGAGCUAGGGUGGGGCGGGCCGGGAAGCGGCGGGACCCCUGCCCGUGCCCCCACCACCUUGCCCGGCUGCCUGGCCCAUUUCCCGAGAAACGGUACCCAGGCGCUCCUGGAACCCCAGCAACCUGCUCUGGCCUCCUGAGAGGUGCCCCAACCCCCAGGGCCUGGGGCGGGUCGCCGGCACUGAAUCUUCUGAAGCCCACGUUUCCCCCUUCCCGGAGGUGCUGCAUGGUCUCGUACCCCUGACCCCAUGCGGGACCCUACUAUGUCUUCAGGUGACUCCUUCCUCGGGUGCCUGGGUUGCUCAUGUCACAAACCGUUCUAAAGGCUCCAUGUCAUCUUGUGUGCCCGUCCCCAGGGCCUGUGUCACCUUGUGCCCCUCCGCCCCAGGGGCCCAUGUCACUUCGUGCCCCUCUCCCUGGGGUCCAUGUCACCUGCCCCUCAGCCCCAGGGGCCUGUGUCACCUUGUGCCCGUCCCCGGGGCCCAUGUCACUUUGUGCCCCCACCUUUAUUGCCCCAGACACUGACCUGCUAGUUGGGUCCCCCCAUACACACCCCCAUAGCCCUUCCACUGGCUGGUGGCUGGCCACCAGCCCCUUACGAGGGCAGAAGGGGCAGCCCAUCCAGGGAAUCAACCCGUGUACCUCACUUAGUGACCCCAGCGUCCAGGCUGGGCUUUUCGGGUGCUGGGGGGGCUCUGACUUGGGGCCUCAGCCUUGGCUGGACGCAGGCGUCCCAAGGCCUUGUGGCUGGCCACACAAGGCCCCCGUUCCGGGCGGCCCUGGGCCCGUCCCCCGCCUCCUGCAGAGGUACUUGGCCCAGAGCUCGUUCAUCAAGGACUUUGGCACUUUGCACCCCUGCGUCUAACGUUCUGUCAUGGACUGAGUGGGUUUUCUGUAACCGCCUAUUUUCACGUUGUCUUGCCCCUUUCCUCCGUGGACUCUGGAGGACCACCUUGACCUGGGCUCUGUCUGCUGCUCGGGGGAGGCCUCUGCGGCUCUGCCACCCUCGCCAGCUCGCCCCAUUGGCUGGGCCCUCGGAUGGGUCCAGGGAUGCCUCAGUUCACCCCAGGGCCCACAAUGCCUUCUGCAUUCCCCUUUCCUGGAGCCCUGGGGCAGUGGCUGGGCCUCUCCCCAACUUGGGUCCUUGGUCAGGCCAAGGCCAGUCAACUGGUCACUAUGCAAAGACUGCCCAGGAAGGCUCCAUGGGCAGCAAGGUGGGCACUGACUGGGCCCUCCAAGUCCCUCACUUGCUGGCUGCAACCCCUAAAGAACAGAAUUAACUCUUCUCCCUCUCCCUGCUUGAGCUCCGCCCCCACAUCCCAACCCCCUGCCUGUCAGGGCCUCUGGCCUGGGCCUCAGGCUGGCGGGACCCGCCCCUGCUCCAGAUCACAGUAAUAAACUGCCGCUUGCA